AUAUGGCUUAUAUCUAGAUAGGUACUACCAUUUCACAAUCACAUCGCUUCACUCUAUUUACGAGGCACAAGUAAGCUUUUUUGGUUAGAUUUGUUCAUAUCGUGAAAUAUUAUUUUAUAUUGCGUUGUCUAAUGUUAUUGAAACAAAUUAGUAAAGUAUAUGCAUUUGUAUAUUACACAACAAAAAAUCCACCACGAUUCUCAGGAGUUCGACUUUUGAGCGGCUAUUUCAAUAAAAUGAAGAUCGGAACUCAUGAUGGUGUUUUCCAUUGCGAUGAAGUGCUGGCAUGCUAUAUGCUUAAAAGGUUGCCUCAGUAUAAGGAUGCCGAGAUUGUCCGGACCAGGGAUCCAGGGAAGUUGAAAGAAUGUGACAUUGUUGUAGAUGUUGGUGCAGUAUAUGACCAUGAGAAUAAGCGAUAUGAUCACCAUCAAAGGGAAUUCAAUGAAACUCUUAGUACUUUGAAACCUACACUGGGUGACAAAUACAAGAUUAAAUUAAGCUCAGCUGGUCUAGUAUAUGCAUUUUAUGGAGAGCAAAUGUUACAAGAGUUGGCGCCAAAAGAAUCACCACUAACUCCAUCAGAUUUAAAUAUUAUUUAUAAAAAGGUUUAUGAGAGUUUAAUAGAAGAAAUAGAUGCAAUAGACAAUGGAGUUCCGAUGACUGAUGAUGAGCCUAAAUAUAAAAUUCGCACGCAUUUAAGUGCUAGGGUUGCCAGGUUGAAUCCGAAUUGGAAUAGUAAUCAGCAAAUUGAUAUAAAUGAAGUAUUUAAGAAAGCUAUGGUGUUAGUGAGUGAAGAACUUCUGCACACUGUUAAUUAUUUUAUUUCCACUUGGUUACCAGCACGGGAUUAUGUGAAAUCAGCUAUAGACAGUCGAUUUGAGAUACACAGUUCAGGGCAGAUUUUGGAAUUCACAGAGAGAUUUCCAUGGAAAGAGCACUUGUUUGAUUUGGAAACGGAAAUGGAACUUGGUCACGAGAUUAAGUAUGUUUUGUUUAAUGACAAACCAGGAUCGUGGAGAGUGCAAGCAGUGCCAGUUAGUCCUACAAGUUUUAUACUCAGGAAACCACUAUCAAAAAAGUGGUGGGGCGUCCGCGAUGAGAUUUUGAGUGAUGUAGCUCAAAUAGAAGGCUGUAUCUUCUGUCACAGUACAGGAUUUAUAGGAGGCAAUGUGUCCAGAGAAGGCGCUUUACAAAUGGCUAUAGCAAGUUUAAAUGCUGAUACAUAGUGUACUAGCUGCGCCCGUGGUUUCACCCGCGUUAAAUUGCAGUAAAAAAUAUAGCCCAUGUGUUAUUCUGAUGCAUAAGCUAUAAUACUGUAAAGUUGAAUAAAAAUCCGUUCAGUAGUUUUUGCGUGAAAGUGUAACAAACAUUCAUACUUAUAAACUUUUGCGUUUAUAAUAUUUUUAAGAUUUAGAUAAAUAUAGUGUAAUAGUGAAAUUUUUCUACAUAGCAAUGUUUCUAAACAGUAUUGACCUGUAUUUGUAUUGAUAUAAGCUUCAAAUUAGCGAAUAUUGACGAAUUAUAAUACUCUAUAUUUGGUAUUGAUAUACACUGUUAUAGAUUUUUUACAUGGUUAUUUACAAUUGUACACAUACACGCCGUAUAUUUAAAUAUUUUUAUUUUAUUUAUUUAAUUAAUACAAUAUAAACUUACAGCUAAUUGCCAACACGUUUUUAUCUUAAAACAGUAAAGUUGGGAUAGUAAAGUCCUCGAGUGGCGACCGCGGACCGGAAGACGCAAUGUGGGAAGACCUCCAGCAAGGUGGACCGACGAUCUGAUCAAGAUCGCUGGAAGGUGUUGUAUGCGAGCAGCGAAGGACCGAUCGUCGUGGAGACUUUUAGGAGAGGCCUUUGUCCAGCAGUGGACGUCUUUCUAGCCGAGAUGAUGAUGAUUAUAUAUAUAUAUUGAUCUCUGAGGGUCUCGGUGGUCUACUGGUUUAACACACCGCUUUACCUCUGAUGGUCGCGGGUUCGAUUCCUCGCACGGCACAAGUAUUUGUAUUCAUGGGUAUGAUUGUUUGUAUCGGUCUGGGUGUUUUCUAUGUAUAAUAUGUAUGUAUUUACAAAAAAAAUCUAUGUAUUUGUAUCAGUUAUCUAUAUUUCUUGCGGUGUAGUAUGGUGCAGGUGACAGUUAUUAAUUUUACAUUUAAAAAUUGCUACAUUUAAUUUAAUACAGUUUUUAACGAUUUAAUAUAUUACGAAUAUCAUCAUCAUCUGCUUCUUCCUUAUCCCAUUUAUUUGGGGUCGGCGUAAUAUGUUUUUCGUUUAAUAUAUUACGAAUAUGGUACACAUGAAAUACUAAUUCAUAAUUUGUAAAUCGCGGCAACUUUUGAGAGUGAAACAAAACAUUAAUGAAACUGUCACCCGCACCAUGCUACAGGGCACAUAGUACCCAAUAUAGUACCCAUUACUUAAGCUUUAGCAAGCUUAACUUGGAACUAGAUGGCGCUGUGUGAAUUGUUCUGAUAUUAUUAGUAUUAUCUUAACUAUAUA